AUCCAGUCCAUUGAUUUUAAACAUCAAACAUGGCUUCACACUACUCCUCCGGGGCAGAGCAGCAUAUUGCCAUUCUUGCAUUCCCAUUCGGCACCCAUGCUGCCCCUCUCCUCACCCUAGUCCGAAGCCUAGCUGCUGCCUGUGCACCCAACGUGAGGUUCUCCUUCUUCAGCACAGCAAAAUCCAAUGCCUCCAUUUUCUCUGGCUCCAAACCCAGUGAUGAAUUUCAUAAUAUAAGAGCUUACAACGUGUGGGAUGGCAUGCCGAAAGGGCAUGCCUUGGCCACAGGGAUUGAUCCCCACCAACAAGUUCAGUUCUUCCUAAUGGCGAUACCGGAUAACUUUAACAAUGCUAUAAAAGAGGCAGAGGAGGAGAGUGGUGUGAAGAUCAGCUGCUUGUUGACUGACGCUUUUCUGUGGUUUGCAGGGGAGAUGGCAGAGGAGAAGCGCAUUCCUUGGCUCCCAUUUUGGACCGCUGGGGCAUGCUCCCUCUCUUCUCAUCUACAUGUUCAUCUCAUUCGUAGCACACUGCUGGGAACAUCUGGUAUAGCAGACAAUGCAUACCAAACCCUUAAUUUCAUUCCAGGAAUGUCUGGAAUGCAAAUCAGUGACUUACCUGAGGGAAUCGUCUCUGGAAACUUAGAAUCACCUAUUGCACUUAUGCUUGAAAACAUGGGUCUAAAACUGCCACAAGCAACUGCUGUUGUGCUAAACUCCUUUGAAGAGCUAGACCCUACCAUUACAGGUGAUCUCAAGUCAAAGUUGCCAAAGGUUCUCAAUGUUAGCCCCUUAAUCUUCUUAUCGUCACCACCAACAACUAUUUCAGAUGAGAGCAGCUGCCUAUUGUGGUUGGACGGACAUAAAACCGCAUCAGUUGCAUAUAUUAGCUUUGGCACCAUAACCACACCACCACAAAAUGAGCUAGUAGCGUUGUCGGAAGCACUGGAAGCGAGUGGGGUUCCAUUCCUUUUUUCCCUUAGGGACAAUUCAAGGCACCUUUUGCCAGAAGGAUUUCUUGAAAGGACAAGGAAAAGCACAACUGGGAAGGUAGUUUCAUGGGCUCCCCAGUUACAAGUCCUAGAACACACCUCAGUUGGAGCGUUUGUAACACACUGCGGCUGGAACUCCAUUUUGGAGGGUAUCACAAGCGGUGUGCCGAUGAUCUGUCGACCAUUCUUUGGAGAUCAAAAAUUGAACAGUGGGAUGGUAGAGAAUGUAUGGCAGAUUGGUGUGAGAAUUGAGGGUGGGGUCUUCACUAAAAGUGGAAUGGUGAAUGCUUUACAUAUUAUUUUUUCAGAUGCAAGAGGGAAGAAGAUGAGAGAGAACAUUGGAGUACUCAAAGAGAAUGCUAAGAAGGCUGUUGGAACAAAUGGAAGUUCAACUGACAAUUUCAAAAGUUUGGUGGAGAUCGUCACAUCUUGUAAGAGUUAGUACUUAUUAUUGUUAAAAAGAAUAAGAGAUGUCUUUUGCUUCAUGUAUUUUGGUGACACCAAGCUUAUUGCUAUGCUCACCCAUAGUUUUCCUUCCAAGAUUUUUGCCAUUAAAUUAUUGAGUGAAAAUUAUGAAUAGAUGGUGAACUCUCGUUUUGAGACGAAAGAAUAAAGAAGGAUCACUACUUUGUGUCAA